GGAACACCCAAAUAUGUCGCGAAUAAGAUGAAAUCAAAGGGGCUACAGCGCCUGCGCUGGUACUGUCAAGUUUGUGAGAAGCAAUGCCGCGAUGAGAACGGCUUCAAAUGCCAUGCUGCGUCGGAAUCGCACUUGCGUCAGAUGUUGGUGGUGGGAGAGCAUGCGGGAAGCCAUAUCGCUGGCUUCUCAAGUCAGUUCCAAUCAGAGUUUGUAGCUCUGCUCUCUCGACGGUUUGGUACCAAGCGAGUAAGAGCUAACCAGGUCUACCAGGAGUACAUCUCGGAUAAGAGCCAUCUGCAUAUGAACUCAACACGAUGGGUUACCCUGACGGAGUUUGUGAAACAUCUUGGGCGGACGGGUGUGGCUAGAGUGGACGAGACGGAAAAGGGAUGGUUUAUUGCGUGGAUCGAUAGCAGCCCGAAGGCGCUUGCAAAAGCGGAAGCAUCUUUGAAGAAAGACCGGGCGACAAUGUCAGACGAACAGCGAGAGCGCCAGCUUAUUGCUGAACAGAUCGAACGCGCCGCAGCAGACGUAGAAGCUGGACCAUCUUCCUCCAGCUCACCCCCAGCA